CCCAGAAUGGAGAAGAUGGCGAUGAAGAUGUUGGUGAUAUUUGUCCUUGGAAUGAAUCACUGGACCUGUACAGGUUUCCCGUUGUACGACUAUGACCCGGCUUCCCUGAAGGAGGCUCUCAGCGCCUCUGUGGCAAAAGUGAAUUCCCAGUCACUGAGCCCCUAUCUGUUUCGGGCGUUCAGAAGCUCAAUUAAAAGAGUCAACGCCCUGGACGAGGACAGCUUGACCAUGGACCUAGAGUUCAGGAUUCAAGAGACGACAUGCAGGAAGGAAUCUGAGGCAGACCCCGCCACCUGUGACUUCCAGAGGGGCUACCACGUGCCCAUAGCAGUUUGCAGAAGCACCGUGCAGAUGUCUGCUGAGCGUGCGCAGGAUGUGUGGGUUCGCUGCCACUGGUCCUCCAGCUCCGGGUCCAGCAGCAGUGAAGAGAUGUUUUUUGGGGAUAUCCUGGGAUCCUCUACAUCAAGAAACAGUUACCUGCUUGGUCUCACUCCUGACAGAUCCAGAGGUGAACCGCUUUAUGAACGAUCACGUGAGAUGAGAAGAAACUUUCCUCUUGGAAAUAGAAGGUACUCGAACCCGUGGUCCAGAGCAAGAGUAAGCCCUGGCUUUGAGUGA